CAAGCUGGCCCCCGCAGUCCAGCAGGGAGGAGGAAGGAGGAGGGACCAGCCAGAGCAACUGGCGGCAGAGCCGAGAGCCGACUGUCUGGGGCCAGGGUCUUGCUUGCUCAUCUACCUGGCAGAAGCACCCAGGCCUUCUCUGGGAGAUGGUUGUGGGGGCCAACAUGACCUCUGCCAUCCUUCUGUCUCUACUGCUGCUCCUGAGGCCAGUGCCCACAGUGGCUUAUUCCAUGUCCCUCAGUGCCAACAUCUUGGAGGAUGGGGGGGGCAGUGGGGAUGCCGAGGGUUCCUCAGCCUCCUCCCCGAGUCUGCCAUCACCCUGGACUCCAGUCUUUAGCCCUACAUCAGGGAGACCCCAUCCCACAACCUUAGAGGGCCCUGCUCCCCCCACCAACCUCCUGGAUGGGAUCAUGGAUUUCUUCCGCCAGUACGUGAUGCUGAUUGCGGUGGUGGGUUCGCUGGCCUUCCUGCUCAUGUUCAUCGUCUGUGCAGCACUCAUCACCCGCCAGAAGCACAAGGCCACAGCCUAUUACCCAUCCUCCUUUCCCAAGAAGAAAUAUGUGGACCAGAGUGACCGGGCUGGGGGUCCCCGCAUCUUCAGCGAGGUCCCUGAUAGGGCACCUGACAGCCGGCCGGAGGAGGCCCUGGACUCCUCACAGCAGCUCCAGGCUGACAUUCUGGCUGCCACCCAGAACCUCAGAUCUCCAGCCAGAGCCAUGCCAGGCAGUGGGGAUGGAGCAAGGCCAGUGGAGGGCGGGUCAGAGGACCAGGUGACCAACAUCCAGGAAGAGGUCCCAGAAGCCCCAACACAUGGGGUGCCAAAGGUGUCCUGCUCAGAAGAGUCUGAGGGGACUGCAACAGCCAGUGAGGUCCAAGGAGGGCCAGAAGGAUCUUUCUCCUUAGCCCAGAAAGCCCAGGAGCCAGCAGGUACCCCUGAAGGACCCUGUAUGUGCAGCAGCGACUCCCCUAGCAUCUAACAGGCCCUAGAGCUGCUGGCCUUGACUGUUGGGUCCUUGAAGGUCAUCUCCUUGAGCAAGAAAGGCCUUAACUCCUGACCACUUCCUGCCACCCCUCCUUGACCACCUCUGGUGCCAAUCCUGUCCCUCAGUGGGACAAGCUGCUGGCCUCUGAUACACCCCAGGAAUAACCUCCCCAAAUUCCAGCAGUGUUUAAUACCUCUGCUGCUCUGCAGGCGUUACCCCAAAUCAUGACUCCUCCUGUGGGAGGGGAAGGACAACCCCAAUUGGAACUGCCAUGAAAGAGUUCCCAUGAGGAGUCAUACCAGGAGGGAAACAGGUCAGAGGCCCCUUGGAAGGCAGCAGAUGCCCCCGCUUCCAUCUGGGCUGUGAAGACAGGCAGAGCUGCUGAAUUUGGAAGAGACUGAAGGGUUAGGACUUGCAUGGUACCCAGGAGCCUUGGUGCCUGGGCUGGGAAAGCAAGGCACAGCCUAUACCUAAUGGGUCCCCUUUGCAUCUCCCCAUUGCUGGAAUAUGUUACUGUUGCCCUGCCCAGUGGACUUGAUUAAUUUGGAAGCUUCUGGAAGGAGCUCACAUCUAUAUCACAGAGUUCCCCUAGGCACGCCAUGGAAGAUUUCAUAGUCUUGUGAACUAAAACAUGGCUGCCUCCCGCUCAGCCCCAUGAUCAGCUUCCCAGCCCACAUGGCCACAUUAAGGGCUCCUAUUAGACUGAGUUUGCUAAGCCUUUCCCAAGCUUUCUUAUUUUUAAUUAAUAGUUACAAAGUCAAAUCUCAAAUUUUUACUCCAGAAAAUACUUAUUUUUCCUAAGGUGUCAUGGUUUCUGAUUGGUCCAGAGUUGGGGUAUGGGAUGUACAGAAUCUGGUCUUCUCAAGGGGGGUCAAGCAACCAUGACUUGGAGGUGCAUGUCUCAUCCCACUACUGAUGCUGGGUUUUGGGGCCUCAACAUAGCCCUUCCCGUCAGCCCCUGAAGCAUCCUGGAAGCUAAGGCUCAUUUGCAGUGAGUGUUGUUCUAGUCUGACGCCCAGCCUGGAGAGUGGGCCUGGCCUUGUGUUCCGCUCAUGCAGUGGUCUGGUAGCCUGUGCCCACACUACUCCCCCGUCCUAGUUGGUGGGGGCCUCUGUGAUGUUAAGGGACAUCUUGGGGAGGUUUUCUUCUGCACUCCUCCAUCUUGGGCUCCCCUGAUGAUGCACAGCUGUCCAGCUAUGGAGAUAUAGCACAGCAACAUAAUAAACCUUGAUCUGGCUUGA